CGCGCAUGCGCUUAGUGCACGACAGGAUCUUGAGGGUCGGCAGCAGGUUGGAAAUGACAAAGAAUCUGUGUAUAGGAAUCUGAAACACAACAACACGUCAGUUCCAGUGUCUCUGUCAGGUAUUUAAGGAGUGAUCAGAUAUCUCCUUUGUAACAUUGAUAUAUCUGUUGUUGAUCUUAGGAGGUGAAGAUGUAUCUCAGUGAAAUCCACUGGAACCGGGGUGCUGAGAACACACCAGCAUUUGCUGAUCUAUUCUGUCUGUGGGAAGCGAUUCAUUCUGUCAUCCAAGCUGAUGAUACGACAGAAAUUUCACUGCAGUGAGAGACCAUUCACUUGCUCUGUGUGUAGGAAGAGAUUCACUCACUCAGUCGAUCCACAGAUACACCAGUGAGUUCACAAGGGAGAGAGACUGUCCAAUGUGUGGGAAGAGAUUCACUCGGUAAUCUGGAUCUGCUGACCAUUGACUGAGAUCACACUGUGGAGAGGUUGCUCAUCUGUUCAGACUGUGGGAAGUGAUUCACACUGAUACUCAUCCACAGGCAGAUAUCGGUGAAUACAUACAAGAGAGUUCACCAGUUCCUACAGAUACAACAGUUGGUUCACAGUGGGGCAAUGAUGUUCACCUGCUCAGACUGUGGGAAGGGAUUCACUCAGUCAUCACAACUGAAGGUACAUCAGCGAGUUCACACGGGGGAGAGGCCAUUCACCUGCUCAGAUUGUGGGAAAGGAUUCACACACUUAUCCAGCCUACUGGCACACCAGCGCGUUCACACAGGGGAGAAACCAUUCACCUGCUCAGAUUGUGGGAAGGGAUUCACUCGAUCAUCUCUACUGAAGCUGCAUCAGCACGUUCACACUGGAGAGAGACCAUUCAUCUGCUCAGACUGUGGGAAGGGAUUCACUCGGUCAUCUUACCUACUGACACACCAGUCAGUUCACACCGGAGAGAGGCCAUUCACCUGCUCAGACUGUGGGAAGGGAUUCAUUCAGUCAUCUCAACUGAAGGUACAUCAGCGAGUUCACAUUGGGGAGAAGCCGUUCACCUGCUCAGAAUGUGGGAAGGGAUUCAUUUACCAAUCUUACCUGAAACAACAUCAGCGAGUUCACACUGGAGAGAGGCCAUUCAUCUGUUCUGAAUGUGGGAAGGGAUUUUCUCAGUCAUGCAACCUUUUGACACACUACCGAGUUCACACUGGGGAGAGGCCGUUUAUCUGCUCUGAAUGUGGGAAGGGGUUCAGUCACUCAUCCCACCUUCGGAAGCACUGCCGAGUUCACACCGGGGAGAAAGUUUAAGGAAGUUGUAUGCUGGAUAUUUAACCAUCACAGUUACCAAAUCCAAAGGCAAGUUCACAAGUGACUGUUGGUGUCAAACUCUGCAGUUAUUGCUGCUGCUAACUAUACCCAGUUCUGCACCCUGGUACUGGGCAUGGGAGGAGUUUUUUCUGAUGUUCACAUUUAAUGGGGCUGGAGUUUAAUAUUCUGGAUUUGUGACAAAUAAAUCAGUUUUAUUUUAAACUCUGUCUCAGGUACUCAGUGAACCUACAACAUAUCCAAUAUUAGGGAGUCAACUGCCUAGCUGGUCCCUGCCAGUAUUUCUGUUCUAUGUCAGUCCUUUUAAAUCCUUCCCUGUGAAUCAUCUCUCACUCUCCCUGUGGUGAUGGGUUCCAAACAGUCCCAUUCUGUAGGUGAAAAGGUUUCCCUUAAAUUUCCUGCAUGACUUUCUGCAGACUGAAGAAGACAAGCUGACUGCAGUUAUAUCUGAUAUGUUCUUUGCCCCUCAGAUCUCUGGGCUGAGGAUGAAUGACAUUGUCAGUUACCUACCUUAUUCCCUAUCCAUUUCAAUGUAAUGGGUCUGUUAUGUACCCCGUAAUGGGUUAAAGAACCAGCAGAAAUGGAAAACACCUGGAGUCUGGUAUUGUUGUGAAUAAAUGCUAUUUUAUUAAUAAUUAUGUAAUAAAGUAAUAUGAAAAUCAGAUAAAUCAACCAGGUUAGCAAAGUCCAUGUAUAUAUAAGUGUGGAAAUAUAAA